CUGACGUCAUAAGUGUGCGCCACGUCGAUUCUCUUCAAUGUCAGCUUGCAUGAGUGCUGUAUGUCGAGGUUAUAAUUCAGCAAGUUUAAAUAUUCGAAACCAUCAUGCAAAGAGCUGUACACACAGCGCUGUGUGAGUGGCCUCAGCUCGUCAGUCCAGCGAUGAUUCGGCGGAGUUUAAAAUGUAGAGCAGUACCUCUUCAGCACAGCUGUCGUCCCUACAGCGUUGUUCCGCCGCUGCGCAACGCUGAGGAGGGGGAGAUGCUGCACCGGAUGCUGCGUGUGGACCACGCCGGGGAAUAUGGGGCCAACCGGAUCUACGCGGGCCAGAUGGCAGUGCUGGGGAGGUCAAGAACUGGACCUCUCAUCCAGGAAAUGUGGGAUCAAGAAAAGAAACACCUGGCAAAGUUCAAUGAAAUUCUCUCUGAGAACAGAGUUCGGCCCACAGCACUGCUUCCUCUCUGGAACAUUGCUGGGUUUGUAUUAGGGGCAUCCACUGCACUGCUCGGUAAAGAGACGGCAAUGGCUUGCACUGUGGCAGUGGAGGAGAGCAUUUCAGAACACUACAACAGCCAGAUAAGAGCUCUGAUGGAGCAGGAUCCAGAAAGAUACACUGAACUGUUACAGGUGAUAAAGGAAUUUAGAGACGAUGAGAUGGAACAUCAUGAUACAGCAUUGGAGCACGAUGCUGAAUCAGUACCUGGAUACUGGCUGCUAAAAAAUGCAAUACAGCUUGGUUGCAAAGCUGCAAUAUAUGUUUCUGAACGUGUCUAACUUUUGUACUUUGCACAAAUAAACUGUCAUCAAGUUUUGGUUCA